GCGAGCGGCGCCCCAGGCUGCGGCGCCUCUGUGGCGGCGGGGCCGCUGGGCCGCGGCCCGGCCCUUCCGCUUCCUCCCGGGAGCCGGUGGCGGCGAGUGACGGGGCGUCCCUCCGCAGCGCUGAGGGGCGGUGCGGCCCGGCGUGGCCCAUGGACCGGCACAAAGUGAAACGGCAGCGGCUGGACCGGAUCUGCGAAGGCAUACGGCCUCCUAUCGUGAAUGGCCCAAUGCCAGCGCGGCCGCUGGUUGCACUGCUGGAUGGACGAGAUUGCACCGUGGAGAUGCCCAUCUUGAAGGAUGUUGCUACAGUGGCGUUUUGUGAUGCUCAGUCAACUCAGGAAAUCCAUGAAAAGGUGCUGAAUGAGGCAGUAGGAGCUCUGAUGUAUCACACCAUUACGCUUUCUCGUCAGGAUCUGGAGAAAUUCAAAGCCCUCAGGGUCAUUCUGAGUGCAUUUAAAACCUUUUAUGUAAAAAAGACUUGGAGCUGCUUAGUCUCAGCAGUCAUCUUUAGGAAGCUGACCAAUAUCGGAGCUGGCAUCGCAGUUUGCAACAUCCCUUCCUCCUCAGUAGAGGAGACCGCUGACUCCACCCUCUGCCACAUCUUGAACCUCUAUCGCCGUGUUACUUGGCUACAUCAGGCUAUGCGGGAAGGGAAUCGAGCCUCAAGUGUAGAACAGAUUCGAGAGGUGGCUGGAGGCGCUGUGCGUAUCCGUGGGGAGACUUUGGGCAUCAUCGGACUAGGCCGAGUUGGACAGGCAGUGGCUCUGCGAGCCAAGUCCUUUGGCUUCAACGUGAUUUUCUAUGAUCCCUAUCUGCCGGAUGGAGUGGAGCGAUCCUUGGGUUUACAACGAGUAGGAACCCUGCAGGAUCUACUAAUGCACAGCGAUUGCAUCACAUUGCACUGCAGCCUGAAUGAACAUAACCAUCACCUCAUCAAUGACUUCACUAUUAAACAGAUGCGCCAGGGCUGCUUCUUAGUGAACACAGCCCGGGGAGGGCUGGUAGAUGAGAAGGCAUUAGCACAAGCCUUGAAAGAGGGGAGAAUCAGAGGAACAGCAUUGGACGUGCAUGAAUCUGAGCCUUUCAGCUUUGCUCAGGGGCCUUUAAAAGAUGCACCCAAUGUGAUCUGCACCCCUCACACUGCCUGGUACAGUGAGCAGGCUUCCAUUGAAUCCAGAGAAGAUGCAGCUAAAGAGAUCCGCAGGGCUAUUACAGGUCACAUACCUGAUGCUUUGAGGAACUGUGUUAAUAAGGAGUACUUGCUGUUAGCAGCUCAGUGGUCCAGUAUUGAUCCUGCAACUGUCCAUCCAGAACUCAACGGAGCUGCAGCGUACAGGUUUCCUCCAGGAGUAGUGGGAGUAGCCACCCCUGGGCUACCAGAACCGCCAGUAGUGGAAGGGAUUGUAGCUCAUGGGAUCCCGCCUGUUUCUCACUCUGCACCGCGAACCCCUUCCCCAGGAGAGACGAGCAAACUGGAUGCAGACAGAGAGAUUCCUGCUGACCAAUAGCAGCAUCUUUCUCUCCUCUCCUCUGGCAGCAGAAAAAAGUAGGAGGGUAUCUCCUCCUCGGACCUUCUUUAACACCCUACAGAGACUGUUUCCUGUUCCUACAGGACGGGAGAAUGCAUUUCAUUACCGGCAAACUUUAGCUCUUGCCUUUAUUUUGUAACCCUUUAGUUUUAAUCUCUCAAUGAAUCUUUCUCCUCUGGCGCAAGGCAGCAGUGACCUUGCCUCGCCUCAAAAUACUUGGUUUAACCAAUGAUUUUUCCUGUGUAUCUGCCUCGGUUGUCUGUGGCAGGGAGCUGUUCUUGUGCACUUGAAAAUAGAAGUGGAGCUGCCUGAUCAGGGAUGGCCCUCAGUGUUUCUAACACCAGACUUCAGUGCACACUUUUCAGUUGUGACUUGCAGCUUAAAUUUAAUUUGGCUGAACCUCUCUAAGUGUAGCCAUGGGGAAUAUUAGAAAAAUAUUAGUGAAUUGGAGAAGUUGUGACUGUUGUCUUUAUUAUGCCCUUGGUAGAAUGCAGCCUAGGCUCAGCUCUGUGUAUUACUUUGCUUGUUUUAAUUAAGGUUUCCUGUUAGAACAGACAUAGUGCAGGCAUUGCUAGUUCUUGACCAUAUAAAGUUUUGUCUAUGCAGUACUAGGCCUGAAGUUAAAAGCAACAGUGUCAAGGCCAGCCUUGUAAAUAAUUCAGAAGGGAUUAAAAUAUCAUCAAAUGUGUUCUGGUGGCCACCGUGUUUGUGAGGCUUCAGAAUAGUUUGCCUUGGAAUCUGUGUAACUUGGAGAAGGCAAGAGAAUGUGGAAAUGGGAAAAACUUGCACUGGAAGACAGCAAGUAGCAAUAGCAGCUUCAGUUGCUGGUUCCUUACACACACUUUGGCCAUGUUAUCCACAAAGUAUCUAUCGUGUUAGAAUUCUAAACGUUGUGCUACAGAUGUAUUUUUUUUUUUGGCAUAACUGCAUCAAUUAGAAGACACAUACCAGUCCUAGUGACACUUUCUCUGUCCUGAUGGAGAAGGUGGCUUUUAAGAGUUGCCCAAAUUCCCAAAUUACUCUGCUUCAGCUCUGCUAGUAUAUACUGCAUCUGCAAUAGUAGGCAGGGCAAGACAGUGGGUUUUACAUGAUACUUUGUGAUACUAAAGAACACUCUUAGUUUGUCAUCUGAAGCCAAGGCAGGAUUGCUGCUCUCAAGUCUUUUCCUAUUUCCCAAAUGAUUGAAUAUGAAUUGCUGCUUUGAGGCGUACGGAGUCUUCAUCAAAAGAGGUUCCACAGAAGAUUUUCCUUAAUUCCAAAUCUUCCUUUAGUUUCAUCUUGUUACGCUUCAGUUAUAGCCUUUCCAUGCACAAAAUGUAACAAUUCCUGAUUGAUUUGUUCAUGUUGUGUGGGUAUAUUAAAGUAGGUGCUGCAUGGGAGGCAGACAAUCCCCAUGUGUGGGUUUGUCUGCCUCCCUUGAUUCUUCCCUUGCUUGUGUGUCUGUGACUGGAAGCUGAACAGCUGGGAACAGACUGAAAAUACACCUUGAGGUUGUAGACAAAAUCGUCUGUUUAGACUGUUAACAGUUUGGGAAGCUAAGGAAAGCUUUCGGAGUCGUUAAGUUUUCAGAUUUUUUUACUGGUUUUAAAUUUUUCUC